AUGAAAAUUGAGGUCUCAAGACGUCAAGAACAAAGUCUCAAGGUGGCAAGAAAGAAGCCUCAAGACGGCAAGAAAGAAGCCUCAAGACGGCACGAAAGAAGCCUCAAGACGGCAAGAAAGAAGACUCAAGACGGCAAGAAAGAAGACUCAAGACGGCAGGAAGAAGACUCAAGAUCACUCAAGACGGCAAGAAAGAAGACUCACGACGGCAAGAAAGAAUACUCAAGACGGCAAGAAAGAAGAUUGAAGACUCAAGACUGCAAGAAAGAAGACUCAAGACGGCAAGAAAGAAGAUUGAAGAAUCAAUACGGCAAGAAUGAAGAUUCAAGACGGCAAGAAAGAAGACUCAAAGCGGCAAGAAAAAGACUCAAGAUCGCAAGAAAGAAGACUCAAGACGGCAAGAACGAAGACUCAAGACGGCAAGAACGAAGUCUCAAGAUCGCAAGAACGAAGUCUCAAGAUCGCAAGAACGAAGUCUCAAGAUCGCAAGAACGAAGUCUCAAGAUCGCAAGAACGAAGUCUCAAGAUCGCAAGAACGAAGUCUCAAGAUCGCAAGAACGAAGUCUCAAGAUCGCAAGAACGAAGUCUCAAGAUCGCAAGAACGAAGUCUCAAGAUCGCAAGAACCAAGUCUCAAGAUCGCAAGAACCAAGUCUCAAGAUCGCAAGAACGAAGUCUCAAGAUCGCAAGAACGAAGUCUCAAGAUCGCAAGAACGAAGUCUCAAGAUCGCAAGAACGAAGUCUCAAGAACGCAAGAACGAAGUCUCAAGAUCGCAAGAACGAAGUCUCAAGAUCGCAAGAACGAAAGUUGAAGACUGCAAGGAAGAAGUUUGAAAACUCCAUACGGCAAGAAUGAAAACCCAUACGGCAAGAAUGAAAACUCCAUACGGCAAGAAUGAAAACUCCAUACGGCAAGAAUGAAAACUCCAUACGGCAAGAAUGAAAACUCCAUACGGCAAGAAUGAAAACUCCAUACGGCAAGAAUGAAAACUCCAUACGGCAAGAAUGAAGACUCCAUACGGCAAGAAUGAAAACUCCAUACGGCAAGAAUGAAAACUCCAUACGGCAAGAAUGAAAACUCCAUACGGCAAGAAUGAAAACUCCAUACGGCAAGAAAAAAAGACUCGAGAUCGCAAGAAAGAGGACUGCAAGAAUGAAGAUUGAAGACGGCAAGAUUGAAGAUUGAAGACUGCAAGAAUGAAGAUUGAAGACGGCAAGAAUGAAGAUUGAAGACGGCAAAAAUGAAGAUUAAAGACGGCAAGAAUGAAGACUAAAAGAGGGAGCAACAAAGCAGACUCAAAAUGGCAAGAACAAAGGCUUGAACUGGGCAAAAAAGAAACCGCAAGUAUGAAGAUGCAAUGCAAGACGGC